AUGGCGACAAAUAGACAAGAUGAAGCACCUCAACUAAUACGGAAAAUGGAGAAAGGAUAUGGAGCUCUUACUGCUUUUGCUGCUAUUUUGACUGCUUUACCUGCUACUGCUGGUUUUCCUGCUGUUGAUGCUGCUGCUCUUACUGUUGUUUCUGCUGCUGCUUUUAAUGCUUUUGCUUCUGCUGCUGCUAUUCCUGCUGUUGAUGCUGCGGCUCUUACUGCUUUGCUUCUGCUGCUGCUAUUCCUGCUGUUUGAUGCUGCGGCUCUUACUGCUUUUGCUUCUGCUGGCGCUCUCCCUGCUGUUGAUGCUGCGGCUCUUACUGCUUUUGCUUCUGCUGCUGCUAUUCCUGCUGUUGAUGCUGCGGCUCUUACUGCUUUUGCUUCUGCUGCUGCUAUUCCUGCUGUUGAUGCUGCGGCUCUUACUGCUUUUGCUUCUGCUGCUGCUAUUCCUGCUGUUGAUGCUGCGGCUCUUACUGCUGUUUCUGCUGCUGCUGCUAUUCCUGCGGUUGAUGCUGCGGCUCUUACUGCUUUUGCUUCUGCUGCUUGCUAA